GUGGUGCGGCUGCUUGUGUGUGGCCAGCGAUGAAGCAGCGGCUGCUGCUAUUAUGCCAUAUCGCCACGCCUGGGCGUCGCUGUCCAGUGUACUGGACUGAGCUAUAAAGAGCACCAAGAAGCUGCUCGCUCUCCUCACAGUCACAGCCACAGCCACAGCCAGCCAUCGUCUUCCUCUUCGUCUCCGGCUCCGGCGAGAUCAGCAAAGGAGGUUUAGUAGUAGUGGCAAUGGAGGGCAAGGAGGAGGACGUGCGUCUUGGCGCGAACAGGUACACGGAGAGGCAGCCGAUCGGGACGGCGGCGCAGGGCACGGAGGAGAAGGACUACAGGGAGCCGCCGGCGGCGCCGCUGUUCGAGGCGGAGGAGCUGGCGUCGUGGUCGUUCUACCGGGCGGGGAUCGCGGAGUUCGUGGCGACGUUCCUGUUCCUGUACAUCAGCAUCCUGACGGUGAUGGGGGUGAGCAAGUCGGCGAGCAAGUGCGGCAGCGUGGGGAUCCAGGGGAUCGCGUGGGCGUUCGGCGGCAUGAUCUUCGCGCUGGUGUACUGCACGGCGGGCAUCUCCGGCGGGCACAUCAACCCGGCGGUGACCUUCGGGCUGUUCCUGGCGCGGAAGCUGUCGCUGACGAGGGCGGUGUUCUACAUGGUGAUGCAGUGCCUGGGCGCCAUCUGCGGCGCCGGCGUGGUGAAGGGGUUCCAGAAGACGCUGUACAUGGGCUCCGGCGGCGGCGCCAACGCCGUGAACCCGGGGUACACCAAGGGCGACGGCCUCGGCGCGGAGAUCGUCGGCACCUUCGUCCUCGUCUACACCGUCUUCUCCGCCACCGACGCCAAGCGCAACGCCAGGGACUCCCACGUCCCCAUCCUCGCCCCGCUCCCCAUCGGCUUCGCCGUCUUCCUCGUCCACCUCGCCACCAUCCCCAUCACCGGCACCGGCAUCAACCCCGCUCGCAGCCUCGGCGCCGCCAUCGUCUACAACCGCGCCCACGCAUGGCACGACCACUGGAUUUUCUGGGUGGGCCCGUUCAUCGGAGCAGCUCUGGCGGCCAUCUACCACGUGGUGGUGAUCAGGGCCAUUCCCUUCAAGAGCCGGGACUAAAUUAAUCAUCAUCAUCAUCAUCAUCUUCAGCGAAAAUUAGUCCGAAAUAAUCGAUCUAAGGUCGCUGCUAGAUGGAUCAAAUGCUACACCAUAAGUAUGUACGUGUUGCCAUGUGGUGUGGUGAUCGAUCGAUGAUGCCACUGCAAAAUCUAUGUAUAAUAUGUAUGUUUGUGAAAUGUGUGUGCGAUGUUGUUGGGAGCACCGUAGCUUUGUGUCAAUUCCCUACCCAACUGUGAAUUUUUAGUUUGCUCUCUUUUUUCCCCCCCCUUCUAUCGUCACCUCUUUUAAGUGUGACGGGGUAUGUGAUCCCUUUCUCAUGAAGUACAAUGUUAAGCAUGCGUAUAUGUGUUUUAAUCUUGUA